AAAGAGAGAAAAGGUGGGAAAGCAAGUUUAAAACAGUAGUAUACUUUAAGUGAGCGUUUUGAGUACGCUUUGUUUAGAACUUCUGAAAUUGUUCCAACUACACUGGAUGUCAUGCUAUAAUUGCAGAGAACAUUACCUGGCUAAGAAAAAAUUGUUAUAGAGGCACCUGUCGAUUUAUUUUGUGGCAGCCAGCAGAAGUUUCUCAAAGGCUGUUAACAGACUGUUGAAGUUUAGAUCAUUCGGCAAUAUUUUCUAUUAUUAUUUUACCGUGACUAAUUAUAAACGGAACGAAAGGUGGUAGUAGUCGCACGGAAAAAGAGAGAGAAAUUAGUUGUACGCCUGAGGAGUCCUAGUGUAAAUGCAAAAUUUUAAGUCAAAUUAUACCAGCGAUACGUUUUGCUAGAAAUACGUAGAUAAACAUCUUCUUGUGCAAGCAUCUAUACCUUUACUUUAUGAAGGCUAUGUUUACUAUGCAAUGAACCAGAUCAAUACGACUGACUAGUUCUCAAUUAUGCAUUAACCUUCAAGACUUACCUGGCGGAUACAGAUGUAAAUGAUCUCGCUUUAUUGAUACAUAGAAGCUAUAAUGUGUUAAAAAAUAAUGAAUCGAUCUAUGAUCGAUCUUAGGCAAUACAGUUCGUUGGGCUCGUCUAUCAUAAUAUUUGACACAUUCAGGUGCAUGUCCUACACGUAACUGUGAGGUAAAUAUGUCGCGAUCAGCAACUCAUCGCAGCUUAUUUAAGGUGAUAUACUCCAUAUUGGUAGGUUCAAUAUAUUUAUGCGUAUUGCGGACGGGGACAUUUUACUUUUUGUCAAAAAACCUAAAGAAGUCAGAUGAGGACACGCGUUGUUAACUAAUAUACUCCCAGGGCAGAGAAUAUCCAUGGCAAACUUUUGCGUAAUUGUAUUGACAAUAAAUGCCGCUGAGGAAUAGAUUGUUGUUGUCGAAGACCGUGUAUACGACAGUAAUAAGUGCCACUGUGGAGAGCCAAAAUUUUAAGCGUCUGACAAUGGGGUCGUCUCUUAUAAGGACUCUCUAUAACGUGGACUAUCGGCAGUAAGAUGUAUGCUUCUCAUACGUCAGAUAACUAGAGUUAUCCGAGCUUGCGCAAGAAUAGCGGAACUAUUCAAGAGAAAGUUACACUACAUUUAACGAAGGUGGAUGAAGUUUUGCUAUUAAUAACCAAAACCAUCUAGUGGGAACAUGCAGGAAACCAUACGUGUAGUGCUUGUAACCGUGUCGGAAGUAACAGACUUACCACAAUGCUUUCAAUAGCUUUUACCCCAAUGUGGAAGUCCACGAUAGGUGGGAAAAAUGUGAUUGUUCAAACAAUCGAUUUUCUUGCUUGAAUGCCAUGUUGCUGGAUUUUACUACCGAACAUCACCUGCAUCGCAAUAAAAGUCCGUGAGAUAAGAAAGGUGGAUAAAGUCGAAGUAUAGAAUUAUUUAUAAAUCUGUUGCUCUAAUUUUUUUAUACCUCUGUAAAUUUGAAAUGGAUUAUACGAAUUUUUCAGUUUUCUACACCCAGUUACCCAAGAUCAAUCAUAACUAUUUAAAAAAACAUGAGAUGCGCGCUAUUUUUUAAUGCAUAGGCUCGAGUAAAAUGCUUCAUCUAGUAAACGGUUUGACCAUAUACUAGAUAUGUGAAGACAAAAUGAGCAUGAAGGAAAUUAACCGUCUAUUAUGGUAUCUGUAUUUCAUAACCUAAUUGCGACUGCUUACUAGUUAGAAUCGUGUAGACAUUUAAUCAUGCAACCUGACUUCAAACGGAUUCAAAAUCCGCCGCCGUUUCACGAGUUUUAUUGAAUCGCCGAUGGAUGCCGCCACAUGUACCGAUUUAACAAGAGUUAGAGUUCGUGUUUUGGCAAUAGCGUGUAGCGCAGCGCCAUAUUUGCUCACCGUACAAGGAGACCGACAUGGGUGGCAGAUCAUGGAUUUACUUGAGUUACGUUUUGCUACUUUACCUGACCUUCCAACAUGUGCUAGCAGGAUUACCAAGCAUUCCGACUUUUGCAAUUCCUGAGAAGAAUUCCCUUGGAUCCGAGAUAAAAAUUACAUGUUUCUCAGCUGGAGCUACAAGUUUAUCAUUAUUCAAGAACGGUGUCGCCCUUCAAAAAGGGCAAAGAGGCACUGAAAUCACACGCAUGGGCGGUUUGCUUAUUUUAUCCAUUGAGAAAUUACAUGUAGAGCAUGCAGGAAACUAUACCUGUGUUGCCUAUAAUCAGGAAGGUUCUAAAAGUUCUAGCGCGUUUUUGGCUGUAAUUGCCCCGCCAACGUGGAUAACCGUUCCUCAAACCCAGGUUUUGACAAAACAGGCUUCGGCAAGUUUGGAGUGUCAGGCUGAUGGAUUUCCACAGCCAAAUAUAUCUUGGACGAAAAACGGAGAUAUUAUUGGGAAUGUGGGAAUACUGCGAUUUGAUGAAGUAGAUGCUAGCGAUGCAGGUGCUUAUGUCUGCAUAGCCCGGAAUGACUACGGUGUAAUUCAGCAUAGUAUUGACGUAUCUGUUUUCUUGCCACCAAAAUUUGGAGAAAAACAUUCAGUGGUAAGCGCUCGUCGUGGAGAAAAUGUAAAACUAACAUGCGAAGUUCAAGGCGAUACUCCAUUACAUAUUAAAUGGUCUAAAGGAAACCGGCUUAUUGACAAGAAGCCAAAUAACAGGUAUGAAAUUUAUGAAACGUAUUCGGAACAAAGUAUGCGUUCAGAACUAUUCAUCACGACAACGGAACGUACCGAUGGCGCCAUUUAUACCUGCCUGGCCCAAAAUGAACACGGAAACGAUGACCGCACAGUAAAGCUACUUAUCCUUGAGGUCCCACAGCCACCGCGGGAUGUCAAAGUCUCAGAGACAUGGAGUCGCUCAGCAUCAAUUAGCUGGACGGCUCCAUAUACCGGCAACUCUCCCAUAACGCGGUAUACGGUUCAGUACUGGCGCGUAGCCCAGUCUCACCGCCUUGAAGAAUUAGAAGUGGUUGGAACUCAGACUUCCGUUCUACUCUCAGACUUGCGGCCAGGGAUAGCUUACCAAGUGGCUGUAGUUGCAGAUAAUGCUGUGGGUAGUAGCCAGCCCUCUUCUACAAUCACUUUUACAACUGGAGAAGAAGAACCCAGCGAAGUUCCUACAGACUUUCACGUCGAGCCAAAGGGCCCUCAUACAAUUCGUGUAUCAUGGAAACCGCCUCCUCGUGAAGAAUGGAAUGGCCAACUAAAGGGUUACUACAUUGGAUACAAACCUAGUGGGCAUGGGCAACCUCAUUCAUUUAAGACUGCAGAAUAUAAAGAGAACUCCACAAACGAGUUCUUUCUUACCGGGUUGCAAAAGGCCACGGACUACAGCGUGGUGGUGAAAGCAUUCAACGGUGCUGGUGUAGGAAGGCAAACACCUGAUCUGCAUGUUAAGACACUGGAAGGCGACGUGCCACCUCCACCCAGAGUUUUCGUGGGAGCAACAGGAAUAAGCACCAUUACAAUUCAGUGGGUCCAGGCGCCGCAGAGUGGUGCAAAAGGCUUUAUCCUUUACUAUCGACCCGAUUCAGAUCUUAACCUUGGCUGGAGGGAAACCCAAUUGGACGGCCGCGCCAAUCAAUAUACCCUACAACACCUUAUAGCCGGAACGUUGUACCAGAUAUAUGUCAGUGCGACGAACGAGUUUGGCGUGGGGGAUCCUUCUGAAAUUAUCUCCAUGAGGACCCACAAGUCACUCGCGUCUGACGUGACAAGUUUACUGUCAACAGCGUUAUUUGGCGAAUCUGGAAAUCAAUCUGCACUGCUUAAUUUUUUCGUUCUCGUUCCGGUUCUCGCUUCGCUUGUGACUAUAAUCGUCGUCAUAAUAGUCACCUGCGUUUGCCUACAUAGAAUUAAGGCCAGGCAUGAGAGAACCAUGCUUACCGGACAGGCAAUUCCACUUGAUCCAAAGACUUACAUGACGAUAGCUCGCUCUCGGAUGGCAUCAAUGGACGGUACUUGCGAUGGCAACCCGCCAAUGCAAAAUAUUGUACGAACUCUGCCAGCGGGCUGCGUGCAAACGUUCGACGGUAAACAGUUAUCGGGGACAGGGCAGCCCUCACCUAAGCAACUGCCGCAGCCUGAGUACGGCCAAAGAUACGUCGAUAUUCAGCAGCCUCCGCCAUUGCCGCCAGAUCAUCCAGCAGGACCGCCACAAUCCCCACUGCCUGUUCCGCCAAUGCCACAAAGUCUAUCAAAUGCAGGGAUUACACAAAUGGAUGAUGUAGAGGCGCUAAAAAAACAGCAGCACGUUAACGAGGAGAUGAAGACCUUCUUGAUGAAUCACAAUGGAUUGCCCGGCAUGAUGCAGAUGCCUCUUCAGGCACAACAGAGUCCAGCUUGUUAGAUGCGUAGCUGUGUACAACAGGAUGAUUUCCAUCGUCAUUAAGAAGUAGACUCACGGACUAUUGCCCCAGUUAAGCAAUUAAGAAAUUGCACAUUGGCUUUGUGUUUGUCACAAAUUUGGUGGCAAACAGAAUCCUUCAGGCAGUCUAUUUAUGACCAAAAUGCAUUCGUGAAGUCAUCUUCCAAGCUUUAAGUCGGGACGACUUCUCCCGACACCUCUAUCAAAAUUAGUUUCACCAGCCAUAACUACCAUCGGUAUAGCCGGAGUACAAAAAUCAAGAAGGACGUUUUCAGCUCUCCUGGUAACGCGCGAUUCAUCUCGAAUGGCUAUGUUCUCACUGCUAGUCAGCUGCCUUCACCACCCCAUCACCGCCAGCAAGGUCACCAAGACCUGCCACUUGCUGUUUCUUAUGUCACAGGGACUAAAGGAUAUCCAUAACAGAAAUAGCGCACAUCAUAACCGAUGUUUACCUACAAGAUAUGUAACAAGAACAACAACAAUGUUAGCAAUAGUCUUUGCGGAUAACAAAAAAUCAGGAGAUCCACCGACUUCGCUCCGCUAUUCGUAUAUUGUUCAACAAUCAAUCAUACGAGUUUUUUUUUCCCUCCUUCCAGGUUUAAUUCCAGUUCAGACUCAAUACAUAUUUACGAUUCUACUAUAGACGACUUACAACGGUAAAAAAUAUCGGCUAAGAGAGAGAAUAUUAGCAGAGUUCUGUUCUCGAACUUCUGCCAUGGUUUAUGAUAUUUGGUAACAACAUUCUUGGUUAACGAGAAUGUGGUAUACAAUUAGGUCUGCUUCCUUCACAUUCAUGAUUAUGCGACACUGCAUGACUUACUCUGUAUGUAUAUUUUAAAAGCGAUAAUAUUUAUACACAUAUAUACCCAGAUAUGUAACACAGGUAAUAGUAUUGAAAGUCUUCUUGCUAAGAAAUUGUGUGACAUUUUUCCGAUCUAUUACUGAGACGAAAAGUUAACGGGUGCUCUCGCUUGUUCUGCCCCUCAAGCCCACCGAGUAGAACAAAAAGUUUCAAUAAAGCCAGAGGUCAUGAUAACAUACCAAUGAAAGCGAGAUAUUCUGAGCUAUGGCGAUGUAAGUUAAUAGGAUUUGUCAGUUAAAAGCUGAUUCUCAUAACGUUCUUAGCUUAAAAAUGUUAAAGGAUUUCUGCGUCUUUUGUACUAUCUUCCAGUUAAGCAAGUCAACUAUUAAAAAGCGAUAGUUGUAAUUAGAUUUUGUGCGGCCCAUACGUGAAAGCGCAUCUGAGUAAGCCGUGUGUAAUGCAAUCUGCAGGUAAUGGAUAAUAGCAUAUAUGAGAAUUCCGAACGGUGGUGAAUGAGUUAAAAUAGCAUGCAUCUAAAGACACUUGAAUGGACUCAAGAUUCAAUAUUUAUUUGUAUUUAUGUCAAGCAUAACUAGAUGUCAAAUUGAAAUGUAUGGAUGACUGAUGUACGCAUAAAUUUUUAUUUUAAAACGUUCAGUACUAAAGAUUAUAAUGGCUCCAGGCAAAAGUUUUUGCGAGCCACUAUCCCGGAUGCCAAAUACAUUAAGCCGAUAACUGUAAGUUAUUAGUAAUGUUAUAUGACUCUUAAGAGAUUUAUUAAAUGAUUUAGCAUGUAUACGUAUAUAAAAUAAUUUGUAAGCCACAUUGUCUUUUGUUUUACUUAAGGAUUUAGAGGUUUCAUUUUUCCUAGAGACAAAUGGAAAAGGAAGAAGAUGGCCUUAGUUUACCGAUAAUAAUGAAAUGUAAUACAUGUAAAAGUAUUAAUCUCAAUGACAGUAUAUGUAAGGAUAACACCAUACAACGAAGUAUGAAUCGUGAGCCUGCCUUUGAGAAGUUGGUACUUUAAACGAAAAACCAACAUAUUAAAUGACACAUUUGUUAAAGACGAACACAUUAAAUAAUAGGUUAUUUUACUUUACGCAAAGCAUCUUAUUUGUAUAGUGCUAGUACAAUAUUUACUUGUGAGUAUAGAACAUAUUAUACCAAGUAUGCUCUGUGCAGGAAAAAUGACCAGUGAGAAAAUGAAGGAUUUUUAGCGUUUCUUUUUUUCGAUUGGUGUUUACUAAUAUAGUUUAAGCUAUAUGGUAAUCAUUGUUACCAUUUACGGGUGUGUAAUAUUCACAUGUAAAUUAUUUCAAGAGUAAAGAAAAUACAUGCAUCUACGUGUAUAAUCAUUACAGUAUUUCUGCAAAUAUGGUUUUCACACCUUUGCCAUCAUCCGGAAGUUUUCAGUUUUACCGGUCUUGUUGUCAUUGUAAAGAUUUGACUGUAUCUAGUGUAAAUACACGGAGUGAUAAGCUUAUGAGCGGCAACGGAGUCGGUGCUCAGAAGAAGUCAAACUUUGUUAAUCAAAUAUUAUGGAACAAAAAUACUAGAUUAUUAUUGUAUCUCAAAAAACAUCGAUUCCGGAUUUUUUGUUUUGCGGUAUGCUUUGCUUUUGCAGCAAAAUUAUUGUAAUAAAGAUAGGCCCAAUGAAACGAGACUGUUCUAAAUAAUGAUCCCCUACAACUUAUGAUUUUUUAUUUUUGAUUUCUCCAAGAACAGCUAGUCAUUUAAGAAUGAGAAGCAUGUUCUCAAGCAAAAACGCGUUUCCGUAAAUAUAGAAGUCUAUUAUAAAACGAACAAUUAUUGGCCCAGCUUUUCAUUCUCGAAUCUUUAAUGAAAAGCUUUUUCAACCUACAAUCAAAAGCAAGUUCUUCAACAACCAUAAUAAAACAAUACUUACAUCACAGAGAGGAUUCGAAAAGUGUUAAUGGAGUAACUAGAGGACUAAGAAAGUUGUACGCAAAUAGACAAUAAUGCAAAAAUGAGUGCACAGAGCUACUAUAUUGCUCAUAGUAGCAAUACAUUAAUUUGAGUAAUUAAAGUAUAUUAGAACAUAAAAUAAAAUAAAUGGGAUAACCGUACGUGUGUAUUCGUUUUAAUAUUAACAAAUAUAUGUUGUGUUCCGUCACCAGUUAAAUUGUGUUAGCU